AAGAUGCUGCGCACCCCGAAGUGCUCGCGCUGCCGCAACCACGGCUUCCUGGUGCCCGUCAAGGGCCACGUGGGCAAAUGUCGCUGGAAGCAGUGCACCUGCGAGAAGUGCUACCUGAUCACCGAGCGACAGAAGAUCAUGGCCGCGCAGAAGGUGCUCAAGAGGCAGAUGCACGACGGCGACGAGCCCGACGACCAGCCCAGGGAGCCCGCCGUCGGGCCGGGGCCCGCGCCCUGCGCCCGCCCGCUGCCCCUGCCCAUGCCGGUGCCCGGGCCCGGGCCCGGCCCCUGCCCAGCCGAUGCAGGCCCCGAUGGCCGAGCUGCCUCCUACGUGGGCGCUCGACCCGGCCCCCCGGGGCCCUUCGAGCGGGGCCCCGGGAGCAACGGCGGGGGCGGCCACGUAGGCGCCGCGGAGGCUGCAGGGGUGGGCGCCCGGGGCUUUGAUGGCUGUUGCAAGACCGGGCCCCGGCGGGCGCUGCCGCUGCCCAUGCCUAUGCCCCUGCACGCUCCGCCGCCGCCGCCCCCGCCGCCGCCGCCGCCGCUCAGUGCCUCCACCUCGGCUUCCCCUAGCCCACCCUACGCUGACUUCGCCCGUCCGAGCCUAGGCUUCCUCCUGGGCAAAGCGGCGCUCAGGACUGUGGCCGGGCACCCUUCCAACAUUGCCCCAGAGUGCAUGAUGGGGCCUGAAUAUCUGGAGAGAGAGCCGUCUAAAGUGUACCCCGGUUAUGCCAACAUGUACCACUACCGCCCGUUCCCGCUGGGCCUCGUCAACCAGCCCAGCUACCGUGGCUCCCCUGCUGCCCCAGGGAUCCCCCUCCAGAGGGGCUUCCGCCAUGUCCCCAGCAGCCAUGGAGCGGGGACCUCUUCCUUGCUAAUGCAGGAUACUAGUGGAGACUUCAGACAAGGCUACUACCCACCACUGCCCCAGUUCAUCCCUCCAGGCUUUCUGCCAGGGAUCCACUAUAUCCCCCCUCCUCUCCCGAUGAACGCCCUGGCCGACAAGGAAUCUACUGCCACCCUGACCGAUGUCUCGGACUCAGGGGUGAUGUGUGAGCACAGCCAGCCGUCUCCCCAGGAGCCGGCCAACUGA